CCAGAAGAAGAAGUCAACUUCCGUCACGUUUGUCUGUAGGCUGCAGUUGGACCCUUAGCAGUCGUUCCGCGUCUUACUCAUCCGGAUUGGUAUCAAAUGAAAACACGGUAGCACUGAGGCGUGAAAACCCUUUUAACCGUUACAAAGCCUACAAUGGCUGUGGCCAUGAGCUCAACCUGUCCAGGCCUGUACUGUGGCAGAAUGAUGGUCAAUGGAUCAGUGGAGGGGGACUGUGGGGUUUGUCCUCGUGGAGAGCGGGCCAACAUGCAGAAGGUGUGUGAACGCUGCACUGAGUUUCCUGAGCUCUAUGACUGGCUCUAUCUGGGUUUCAUGGCCAUGUUGCCACUAGUGCUCCACUGGUUCUUCAUCGAGUGGUACUCUGGAAAAAAGAGUUCCAGUGCUCUGCUGCAGCACAUCACAGCCAUGGUGGAGUGCAGUGUGUCAGCUGUUAUCACCUUGCUGGUCACAGAGCCGGUGGGAAUGCUCAGCAUCCGAUCCUGUCGAGUCCAGAUGCUGUCAGACUGGUACACCAUGCUGUACAACCCCAGUCCAGACUACAUCAACACAUUACAUUGCACCCAGGAGGCCGUCUACCCACUCUACACCAUUGUGUUAAUUUACUACGCCUUCUGCUUGGUGCUGAUGAUGCUACUGCGUCCUCUGUUGGUGAAGAAGAUAGCAUGUGGUCUGGGCAAGUCCGAUCGCUUCAAGAGCAUCUAUGCUGCUCUGUACUUCUUCCCCAUCCUCACCGUGCUGCAGGCUGUGGGGGGAGGACUCCUCUACUAUGCCUUUCCCUACAUCGUACUGGUCCUCUCUCUGGUCACACUGGCGGUCUACAUGUCUGCCUCGGAGAUACAGUCUUUUAAGAACCUGAUUGCUAAGAAGAAGCGCCUGGUAGUCCUGUUCAGCCACUGGCUGCUCCAUGCAUACGGCAUCAUCUCUAUCUCCCGACUAGACAAGCUGGAGCAGGACCUGCCGCUGUUGGCCCUUGUGCCCGGCCCCGCCUUGUUCUACAUAGCCACAGCCAAGUUCACCGAGCCCAGCCGAAUCCUGUCUGAGGGUGGCAACGGACACUGAGCUGACCAGUCCAACAUCCACAACAUUUUACAAACUGCUCUUGUCAAAUGUUUCAGCUUCUGGUACUGAGCCGUCAGGCGGCUGGCAGCAGUGUUACUGAGGAGUCCAGCGGGGUUGAAUGUGAUGAAACCAGUUAAUGGUCAUAUAGUGACGACUUUAUGGUGUGCAAGUACAUUAAGAGUUAAAGUUGGACAGUAAGGGGUAACUACUCUAGGAUUUGUUUAAAUAACUGUAAUGAUGCACACGAUGCUUUCCCAUCAGUUUUACUUGGACUGCUUUAUGAAAACUACACUUUCACUCUUUGCACAGUCCAAGUUUAGAACUGCUCACUAAUCAUUUUCUGCUGGCAUGGUUGCGAAUAAUGUUUCUAUUCCAAGCAGAUUGAUCUUUCAGCUGUCUCCUAUAGUCCAUAAAAAUAAUGACAAAUACCAAUAAGCAGUUACCACGAGAGUCCAAAAGUGAUGUCUUUAAAUGACUUCUUUAGUUUGAUCGACUAUCCAAAACCCAAAUGUACACUGAAAAGCUGCAGCCAGACACUGUUUUAGUCUGAUAAAUGAGCUCAUCAGUUCUUUUUGUACUACAUUUUAGCUAGUUUAAAUCCUGUUUUUGGAGAAUCAAAUCCUAAAUGCACUAUUCCCAUUUUACCUGCCUGUGUUAUAUGUAUUUGAGAUCAUCUCAAAGUGAGGUGAGAGACUUUUUUGUUGCAUUUACGUGCUUCCUGUACAUUUUCUUGUAAAUACAAUAAAUGUUGCUCAGACCACGUCAGGUAGUGUUGAAGAGAUUCACUGUACAUAAUAAAAGUACACCUCAGCCUCACCCAGCCAGCUGAGGCCACAGACUGAGGUUGGGUAAGGGGAAAUGUGUCAGUAGUGUCACUGCUGUGUAUGUAUUAUACACUGAAAUACAUGGAAGCACCUGUCUGUUAUUUUGGUGCUUAUGUGAUGGCCUUUGUUGCUUUGGUGUAGCUACCUGUUUUUUCACUGUGAGUGUUGUUGAAUCCGAGUAGUGAGCCCUGUCGAUAUAAACUCAAACCUCCUGAAUGAGAUUUUGCUGUGUCACUGGACAGAAGACAUUUUACUGCCCCAUGCAAAUCUAAUCCAGCCCCACGGACACCAUGCUGAGACACAAUCCAACCACACCAGAGUCUGUUUCCGGGAAGCCGCUAGUUUUCAGCACUUUCUGUAGUAGAGAAAUUGUAUGAGCCAAAUGUUGAACACACAGGUUUGCUGGUGGUGUAAUGAUAAAUAAAUAACUUGCCAUAUGAUAA